AUGUUGUCCGUAGGUUGCAGCGUCGGGUUUUGGCUGACCCUCGCAUCGCUCGGCAACUGCGUUAUUCCGGGCCCUCUAAGAGCCGCCCACGACCCAGGUUCCGAUUUCAACUGGACAGCAGUAGAACCCUCCGGGCGACUCAGGUAUCAUGAUUGCUACGAAGAAUUCCAGUGCGCUCGGCUGGUCGUACCGCUGGACUGGACCAACGCCAGCAACCCCAAUGAAGUCGUGCUUGGCAUCGUCAAACUGCCCGCAAAAGUGCCUCCUUCGGAUCCCUCGUUUGGCGGCACCAUCCUGAUGAACCCAGGUGGUCCUUCCGGAUCAGGCACAGACGAUGUGAGGUACAAUGGGCAUUCGAUCCAAAACAUCGUUGAUGGUCCAAGACACUUCGAGAUCCUCAGCUUCGACCCACGCGGAGUACACCGUACCACUCCCUCGCCCACUUGCUUCGAUUCCGAUGAGGCACGCGAGUUGUUCACUGAGCUCAACAAGAUCGCGGGUGGUGCCGAUGUAGAGACCUCGCUCAACAUCAAAUGGGCCAUGUCGCAAGGACUAGGCGAGCUGUGUGCGAAUGCGACUUACGGUGUCUAUCCUAAUGGCGACAACAUCAAGCAGUACGUUACUACCGCGCUGGUAGCUCAUGACAUGGUCAGGAUAAUAGACGCCGUUGCUGAAGAGCGGGCCGAGUCCUUGCAGGAGACUUCAAAUCGAGAGGUGAAGCAGCAGACUCUCUCCAACUUCAGAGAAGAGCCCCUGCUCAACUAUUGGGGUUUCUCAUACGGGACGUAUCUCGGAAACACCUUUGCUUCUCUGUUCCCCUCCCGAAUUGGUCGCAUGAUUCUCGAUGGCAACGUCGAUGCCCCAGACUAUGCUGCCACAGGCUGGUCCACGAAUCUGAAUGACAACAACCUCGUCUGGCGAACGUUCUUCGACUGGUGCUUCCAAGCUGGCCCUGCCUGCGCUUUGUACGACCAGCAGUUCCAGAAUCCGCUCAAACUCCAUGCCAAGAUCAUCGACAUCUUCGAAGACCUGAAGACCAAUCCUGUCCCCUACAUCGACGAUAAAGGCCGCAUCAAGGUCCUCACCUACUUCAACCUCGAAUACAUCAUGCACGGACACGCCUACAACCCAUGGCACACCUGGCCCAAGCUCGCCUCGAACAUCGCUUCCCUCCUCAACGGCGACCCUUUCCCACUGCUCGAUCUGCCUCCUCCACCUUCCAACCCGCUACCCAACAUGACGGUUACCGACCCUUACAGCAGCCAUGAAGAAGACCCCCGCUUCCUCAACCUAUCAGCACCAUACCCACCGCCCUAUCCCCACGAGCUCGAAGCCGCCGUCUCCAUCCUCUGCGGCGACGGCUCCGACCUCACCGCCCAAACCAAAGCCGACUACGCCGACUACGUCUCCCACCUCGUCAACCAGUCCUCCCUCAUCGGCCCCACCUGGGCUCAGAUCACCCUGCCCUGCCGCCAUUGGCCCUCCACUUUACGGCCCGCGGAGCGCAACCGCUUCACAGGCCCCUUUGGCAGCAAGCUGCGGGACUACGCCGGCGCAGACCGCAGGGGAGGCGACCGAUGGGCCCGUCCACUGCUCUUCAUCGGCAACACGGCCGAUCCGGUGACGCCGCUGCGUAACGCGCUCGCCAUGAGCAAGUCGCAUGAGGGCAGCGUGGUGCUGACGCAGGAUAGCCCCGGCCAUUGCUCCGGGCCGACCGUGCCGAGUACGUGUACCUGGGAUGUGAUUCGGCGGUUCUUCAACGAUGGCGUGCUGCCGGAGGAAGGGAAGGUGUGUGCUGUGGAUUGGAAGCCGUGGGAUCGCAGUGUGGGGGAUUGA